CCAAUGGCGAUUCAACCUUCGGCGUUCAACGUAAUCCAGGUGGCAACGCUGCGGGAAUGGAACAGGAGAUGCACAAUUUACGUUUCGAGAAUGUUGACCGCCUUUCCAAGCCAGAGAUGAACUUCAAAGAGCUACUCCCAGAAUACAACGGCGAUGGCAACAUAAACGAAUGGUUGAUGGUGGUUAAAAACGUUCGUGAUGUGUUCAAAGUUAGUGAUGACGUCAUGCGGCCAUUAAUUUGCUCACGCUUGAAGGGCAAGGCUAAUGUUUGGCUGUUAUCUCGCCCAUCACUGUUGGCUGGAAGUAUGGACCUAAUUCUGGCACAACUAAAAAUUUGUUUCGGAACCAAGGAUAACGUCUUGGAAAUGCAACGCAAGUUUGAAAACCGCAAGUGGCAGUUCGGCGAGAAGUUUGCUAUCUACUAUUUUGACAAGCUUACCCUGCACAAAACAUCGCUAUGAGUGUUCACGAACUAGUGCAGUACUUGAUAGAUGGCAUGCAAAAUGUACAACUUAAAAAUCAAGCGAAACUACUACGCUUUGCAGUGCCUGCUAAUGUGUUGGAAGCCUUUCAAGAUGUAGAGAAACCCAGAGCUACGGUACAACAAAAUAGGAUGCAAGGAACGUCUUCAUCAAACGCUGCGACCUCGGAACAGAGGGUCAAAUGCUUUAACUGCCCUAGUCUUGGUCAUCUGGCUAAGGACUGCCGUAAGCCAGUAUGGGCUGUAGGAGCUUGCUAUGCUUGUGGAGAAGUUCGACACGUGGCUGGAGAGUGUUCACUGUACAAGAAGAGAGAACAUAGAAACGAAUAUGUAAGACACUUUAAAGUCCAAUUUAAAAAUACGUUACAUUUCUAACAAAUUUUAGUCCCGUUUCAU